CCGCCGGCGCUGCGCCAGUGCGGGCAUGGGCCACGCUCGAUGCGGGCACUGCGCGGUCUUCCUCGUGGCCGCGCUGGUGAUGGACGUGGCCGGCUUGGUGCUGGUGCUGGCGGGCGCCGUGGGGAGGCCGAUGGUGGACGGGGUCCCUUUGGAGGAUUUCCUGGUGUUGACCGGGUCUCUGCUGCUCGCCCUGUCGCUGCUCUGCUGGCUCUUCUGGUAUUCGGGGAACCUGCGCGGGGUGCCCGCCGAAGAGCUGCAGAUCGGGGUGCGCCCCGCCGCCGAUGCCGCCGCCGCCGCAGGCACGACCCAGCCCCGUCGCCGGCAGAGCCUCCUGCGCCUGGCCGCCAAGCUCUCCGAGCGCUUCUCGCAGCGCCGCCGGCCAGCGCCUGCGCCCUGCGCGCCUCUUGGCUCCGGCCUUCCAGCGAAAGCCACGCGAGGCGCGGCGGCGGGAGCGGAAGCAGCAGCCGGGCCCCUGGAGCUCAGCCGCCUCCGCCCGGCUGCGCAGCUCGAGCAGGGGGCCGCGAGGACGGAGGAGCGGCUGGUGUGAAGCGCUGCCUCCCGGAGAACCUGCUCUUCCUUCGUCCGCCCUCGCUGUCUUGGACCUUUCUUUAACCAAAGGAAGGAUGGAAGAAAAGGCACGUGGUCAGAAAUUCCCUGGGAAAGACAGGUCUCUCCCGCCGCACUUCGCGGUGUAACUGCCUCGCUCUGCUUUUAAUAUAUAUGGAAUUAAAUGGUCAGCAUGGGUCUGCCGCCGUCUAUAUGCCAAUCCAGAGUGUGCCAUAUUGCCAUUUAUUGGUGGGACGCCCUCCUGUGCCAAAGCUGGUGGAAGAGCCUGGUUUUAUGUACAUCAGCCUUGGAUGUGUGUCGGGUUGUUGUUGGUUGUUGUUGUUUUUUGCCAAAGACUAC